AUGGCGCUCCUCGGGCGGCUGUUGCCCCUCGCUCUGGCGCUGGCCCUGGGCCCCGCUGGCACCCCAGCGGGCCCCGCCAGGUCUCCCUACCAGCUGGUGCUGCAGCACAGCCGCCUCCGGGGCCGGCAGCAUGGCCCCAACGUGUGUGCUGUGCAGAAGCUCAUUGGUACCAACAAGAAGUACUUCACCAACUGUAAGCAGUGGUACCAGAGGAAGAUCUGUGGCAAAUCAACAGUCAUCAGCUACGAGUGCUGUCCGGGAUAUGAGAAGGUCCCAGGAGAGAAGGGCUGUCCUGCAGCCCUGCCGCUCUCUAACCUGUAUGAGACCCUGGGAGUCGUCGGCGCGACCACCACUCAGCUAUACACUGACCGCACGGAGAAGCUGAGGCCCGAGAUGGAAGGACCCGGCAGCUUCACCAUCUUCGCCCCCAGCAACGAGGCCUGGUCAUCCUUGCCGGCUGAAGUGCUGGACUCCCUGGUGAGCAACGUCAACAUCGAGCUGCUCAACGCCCUCCGCUAUCACAUGGUGGACAGACGGGUCCUCACGGACGAGCUGAAACACGGCAUGGCCCUCACCUCCAUGUACCAGAAUUCCAACAUCCAGAUCCAUCACUAUCCCAAUGGGAUCGUGACCGUCAACUGUGCCCGCCUGCUGAAAGCAGACCACCACGCAACCAACGGCGUGGUGCACCUCAUCGAUAAGGUCAUCUCCACCGUCACCAACAACAUCCAGCAGAUCAUUGAGAUCGAAGACACCUUCGAGACCCUGCGGGCUGCUGUGGCUGCAUCAGGGCUCAACACCCUGCUCGAAGGUGAUGGCCAGUACACGCUCUUGGCCCCGACCAAUGAGGCCUUCGAGAAGAUCCCCGCUGAGACCUUGAACCGGAUCCUGGGGGACCCAGAGGCCCUGAGAGAUCUGCUCAACAACCACAUCCUAAAGUCGGCCAUGUGUGCCGAAGCCAUUGUGGCGGGGUUGUCCUUGGAGACUCUGGAGGGCACUACACUGGAAGUGGGCUGUAGUGGGGACAUGCUCACCAUCAACGGGAAGCCCAUCAUCUCCAACAAAGACGUCCUGGCCACAAACGGGGUGAUCCACUUCAUUGACGAGCUGCUCAUCCCUGACUCAGCCAAGACGCUAUUUGAGUUGGCAGCAGACUCCGAUGUUUCCACAGCCAUUGACCUUUUCCGACAAGCUGGCCUUGGCUCUCAUCUCUCCGGAAAUGAGCGGUUGACCCUCCUGGCCCCCAUGAAUUCUGUCUUCAAAGAUGGAACCCCUCCCAUUAAUGCCCGGACAAAGAAUUUACUUCUGAACCACAUGAUUAAAGAUCAGCUGGCCUCCAAGUAUCUGUACCACGGACAGACCCUGGACACUCUGGGCGGCAAGAAACUGAGAGUUUUCGUUUAUCGUAAUAGCUUAUGUAUUGAAAACAGCUGCAUCGCAGCCCAUGACAAGAGGGGGAGGUACGGGACCCUGUUCACCAUGGACCGGGUGCUGACCCCCCCAAUGGGGACUGUCAUGGAUGUCCUGAAGGGGGACAAUCGCUUCAGCAUGCUGGUGGCCGCCAUCCAGUCUGCGGGGUUGACCGAGACCCUCAACCGGGAAGGAGUCUACACGGUCUUUGCUCCUACCAAUGAAGCCUUCCAAGCCUUGCCCCGUGGAGAACUGAACAAACUCAUGGGCAAUGCCAAGGAGCUUGCCAACAUCCUGAAAUACCACGUUGGCGAUGAAAUCCUGGUCAGCGGAGGCAUCGGGGCCCUGGUGCGGCUGAAGUCUCUCCAAGGCGACAAGCUGGAAGUCAGCUCAAAAAACAACGUGGUGACCGUCAAUAAGGAACCUGUUGCUGAGGUGGACAUUAUGGCCACCAAUGGCGUGGUCCACGCCAUCUCCAGUGUCCUGCAGCCUCCAGCCAACAGACCUCAGGAACGAGGCGACGAACUUGCAGACUCUGCACUUGAAAUCUUCAAACAGGCAUCUGCGUUCUCCAGGGCUACACAGACCUCUGUGAAACUAGCCCCUGUCUAUCAGCGGUUAUUAGAGAGGAUGAAGCACUAG